GGGCGUGGUAGGCGGGAAGUGGCAGUGCUUUCUGAUUGGCUGAGGGGUCCGCAGCCGUUGGGGCGGGAAAAGGCUGUGGAGGGAAUUGGGUUUUCCUCAGACUUGAGGUGAGGACAAGCACACAGAAGGGGAUGACGAAACCAGAGUGUGGCACAAGGCUCUGAAGAGAAGAUAGGGGGUCGGUUUAUGGAUCCAGUGAGCCGUCUGAGUGCCCCCAAAGUCUUCUGAAAAUGGCCGGACCUGUGAGGCCAAGAUUGGCCUCUCUCAGUGACUUUCGGUUUGGAGCUGUUGCCACAGAGACGAUAGAAGACGCUCUGCUCCACUUGGCCCAGCAGAACCAGCAAGCAGUGCAGGAGGCUGCGGGACGGAUGGGCAGCUUCAGAGAGACGCGGAUCGUAGAGUUUGUUUUUCUCCUGUCUGAACAAUGGUGUCUGGAGAAGUCCGUGAGCUACCAAGCUGUAGAAAUCCUAGAAAGGUUUAUGGUUAAGCAGGCAGACAAUAUCUGCAGGCAAGCCACAAUCCAGUUGAGAGAUAAGACAGAGCCUCAGAAUUGGAGGGCUCUGAAAGAGCAGCUUUUCAACAAGUUUAUCCUGCGUCUUAUGUCAUGUGUUCAGUUGGCGAGCAAACUUUCUUUCCACUACAAAAUAAUCAGCAACAUUACAGUCCUGAAUUUCCUCCAGGCUCUAGGGUAUCUACACACUAAAGAAGAACUGCUGGAGUCAGAGCUUGAUGUUUUGAAGUCCCUGAACUUCCAAAUCAAUCUGCCUACUCCCUUGGCAUAUGUGGAGAUGCUCCUGGAGGUUCUAGGAUACAAUGGCUGUUUGGUCCCAACCGCACAGCUGCAUGCAACCUGCCUGACCCUGCUUGACCUAGUCUAUCUUUUGCGUGAACCCAUAUAUGAGAGCUUGCUGAGGGCUUCGAUUGAGAACUCCACACCCAAUCAACUGCAAGGGGAAAAGUUUGUUUCAGUGAAGGAAGAUCUCAUGCUGUUGGCAGUAGGAAUCAUUGCAGCAAGUGUUUUCAUCCAAAACCAUGAGUGUUGGAGCCAGGUUGUGGGGCAUUUGCAGAGCAUCACCAGCAUUACCUGGGAGAGCAUCACUGCGUUCUCUUACGCAAUCCUGACUCACAGCGUGGGAGCCAACACUCCAGGGCCACAGCGGCCUAUUCCUCCCCACCUGGCAGCCAGAGCUCUGAGGGCUGCUGCUUCCCCCAACACAUGAGGCAGGCUGAAUCCACCAAAUAUAAACAGCCUUCUGUCACUGCACUCAUCCCUCCCUGUUUACUUUCAUACUCAGGGUACAAAAGUUUCAAGUAUCUUUUGAACCAUGUUUUGUAUUCCAACUUCUGCUUAUUUUUCUGAAUCACAGAAUUAAGGUGGAUGAACAUGACUUUUUUUGUCAUAUCAGACUGAAAACGUAAAAAGCUGGGAGAAAUAGAAUAUUAGUGAAGUUGGUUCAGUUUUGUUUAACAAGAUAGUUAUAGCUUUUCUUUAAUUGUUCAUUUCAUUAAGAGAGAACAUCAGACAUGGAGAUUAGUAUUAACCAGGGACUCACAAAACGAGGCCAUUUGGGUGACCUUGACUGAGCAAGGAGGAAGCCUUUAUUUCCCCUUAAAGUUAAUUUAACAUCUCUGUUCUAUUACUGAGAUCUACACAAAUAGGGCUUCCCCUACAGCUGUCCAUUUCCACCAGUCUUUUUGAAAAGUAACACUAACCCAUCUCUAAACCUGUUUCAACAGAAUUUCCACAUACUUGCAGUUGAACUCAAUUCUCCCAGAAUACAAAGUACUCUAUUUUAGUUAAAGAAAAACCCAACAGUGCACCUUGGGCAGUUAUCAGACUGCAGCAAAUCUUUUAUUACAAAUAAUUAAAUCUCUCCAUAAUGUCUUAAACAGUAUCAAACACCAUUUCAUAUCACUAACACAGAGCGGAGUAGGCAUUCAGUACUAGAACCGAGUGAGAAGAAGUAUUCAAUUUCAAGCUUCUGAUCUCAUCACAUGGUGACCAAAGCUUAUAUGUCAUUUUCUCAUGUUAUCCAACUGUGCGUCUCAUACAUCUCAUUGUCUCAGUGGAGACAAAGUUUCUGUUUCAUAUUAAGUGCAGGAAGUUGAGAGACAUAAAAUCCAGUGAAAACACAUCGAUCUCAGUUAAAAAAAACACACAAAAAAACAGAAGCAAACUUAAAUUAGUUGUUUUAAGGGGAGAGAGAAAAAGGAAAGCAUGGGGUUAAGAGUCAAAACUAUAACAAAGGCUGGUAAGCUAUACAUGGCAUGUUAUAGCUCUGAAAACUAUUUGUCAUAUGGUAUUUUAAAAUAAAGUGGCUUUUGUGGAUUUUUUUUUCUUUUUUGGUAUUGUAAACACGUGCCGUUUAAUAGUACCCGAAUUUAAUUUAAAACAUUUUUUUUUCAAACAAAACAAAAUUUAAAGCCUUUAAGGCAAACAUUCCCCUAAGGAAAAAAGAAAGUCAUUUGUUAUAAAACUGUGAGGACACCCAAGCAAGACCCCACUUAAGAUUCGUCAGCAUGAACUUGAGAGCUUUUGUCCACUGUUCCUCCGAGUUAAACUGGGUUUUGAUGGAAUAGGAGCCGCCGCUACCUCCUGUGUCUUCAAUCUUGCCUUUCUCCACAUCCAUCCUACAGAUGGACACAGCAGAGCUCAUUAGUAACUGAGAUCCGAGUUAAGUCAGUUCAGGCAAAUAGGCAGGGACUUGAUCAUGGGACUAUUCACGUCAUUUUAUCUAUUAAAGAACUCUUGGCGAGGAACGGUAGUGUAUUUUGGAUUUGCUUGAAAGCCCAAAAUCAAGAAGGCUGUCACAAGAGCCUCAUUGUCACUGUGGAGUACAGGGACAGGACACACACCCAAACAGAUGACAGGCCUGGAGCAGAGGCUAAGUGAGGGUUACAGUACUCCUCACUGUUUUUCUAGGCAUCCCUGAACUCACGGGGAGAGAAAGGAGGCAGAAGAAAAGAAAAGCUUUGUUUGGGGCUGACAGAAGCAGCUCAACCUUACUCUCUUGAACUAAAGCCUCCAUCCAUCACUGGUUUUCUACACAAUUUGACCAAAGGAAGCAUUCCUGUAUAUUUCCAAGAACUUAAGGGAAAACCUUCCUGAAACUAGAGAGCAGGUUUGAGCUCUGUGCCAAAAAAAUACCCCAAAUCAUCUAAGAUAACAUUCUUUUUCUCCAGGGACCAGGUAGUCACAUUGUCCUGCUUGCAGUGUUAGAUCAGUCUUUGCCCAUCAGUGUCAUGUGAUUUUACACCAUUUUCUGCUUUCCCACCAUUUAUACUAUGCUUUGUCUCCCUU